UCCGAGGGAGAACAGCAGGCGCGGCGGCGGCUCCGGCUCCGGCUCCGGCCCCGAGGCGCGAUGGCGAGCAGCGACAGCACCCACGCCGGGGAGAGCGCCUUCCGCUCCGACGCCGACGAGGAGGCCCCCCGAGCGCUGGAGACCGAGGAGGAGUCGGAGGGCGAGGAGGGCGAGGACACGGCCGCGGAGUCGGAGGAGGAGCCGGACGCCAGGUUAUCAGACCAAGAUGAAGAGGGCAAGACCAAGCAGACGUGUAUCAUAUCAGACCCUUCCUUUUCCAUGGUGACAGUUCAACGGGAAGAUAGUGGAAUAACCUGGGAGACCAAUUCAAGCAGGUCUUCCACUCCUUGGGCCUCAGAAGAAAGUCAGACUUCUGGUGUGUGUAGUCGGGAAGGGUCAACUGUGAAUUCUCCUCCAGGGAAUGUUUCCUUUAUUGUGGAUGAAGUUAAAAAAGUUCGGAGAAGAACAUCUAAGUCAAAGCAUGGCUCACCAUCAUUGCGUCGGAAAGGCAACAAAAAAAGAAAUUCUUUGGAAUCCCAAGAUGUUCCAGCAAACAAAAAAGAUAAUCCUUUAAUUUCAGAAAGCCAGAUACUAAACAGCCAGAAAGAGAAGUCAUCUACUGGCAUUUAUGAUAAAACGAGAAAAAAGAAGACCGCCUCCAGUACCCCUCCUAUUACUGGGGCGAUAUACAAAGAGCACAAGCCAUUGGUGUUGAGGCCAGUCUACAUAGGAACGGUGCAGUACAAGAUUAAGAUGUUUAAUUCAGUUAAAGAAGAAUUAAUUCCUCUACAAUUUUAUGGAACAUUGCCAAAGGGUUACGUAAUUAAAGAAAUACAUUAUAGGAAGGGAAAAGAUGCAUCCAUUACUCUAGAGCCAGAUUUGGGCAAUCGUGAUUCUAACAUAGUUUUCAAAACAGGCAAAUUAGUAGCCCAAAGCAUAGAAGAUGAUAGAGAAAAAGAGCUUUCUUCACCUUGGAGAGGUGCCCUCUCCAAAGGAUCAAAGUCCCUGACCUCUUUAUUGCGUCAGGAAGAUCAUAAGAAGAUUGACGUUGAUUCUCCCCUCAAGGCUGCAUCUGCCACCAUGCACACAGCCUCCUCUUAUACAAGUAAUGACACAGCAGAACAAGAAACAGAGCUCGGCCCUCCACAGUCAGUGCUGCAACAGCCAGGCCCUGAAGCAAUACCCCGGGAAAGGAAGGCUUCCUUUCUUCCACCUGAUGCAUCUGCCACUGCCUUCCUGGGAGCAGCGAAGGGAGAAUUUGAGCCUGAUUCACAGGAAACGGUAACUCCAACGCAUGACUCUUCAGUCUCCCCACCUUUGAUGGAUGAGGAAAAGAAGGAAGAUGCGGAUUCCGUUGACCAUUCCAUUUCACUGAAGACAGAGAGGGAUUCUCUGGAAAGAGCUUCACGAAGUCUGGCAGCAUCUAUCCAGGAAGGUUUUGGCCCAGAGAGAAAAGAGCUGGACCUGACUUCACUAGAAAGAGCAGGACCGGUUUCAGAACAACUGACCCCUCCUCAUCUCGACCUGACGUCGCUAGAAAGAGCAGAACAGGUUUCGGAAAAACUGACCCCUCCUCAUCUCGACCUGACGUCGCUAGAAAGGGCAGGACCGGUUUCGGAACAACUGAUCCCUCCUCAUCUCGACCUGACGUCGCUAGAAAGGGCAGGACUGGUUUCGGAACAACUGACCCCUCCUCAUCUCGACCUGACAUCGCUAGAAAGGGCAGGACUGGUUUCGGAACAACUGACCCCUCCUCAUCUCGACCUGACUUCGCUAGAAAGGGCAGAACCGGUUUCGGAACAACUGUCCCCUCCUCAUCUCAAUGUCAAAGGAGAGAAGGAAGAAAACGUGCCUGAGCCAUCCAUUUCUCUUUCUGAACCGCUAGUGUCAGAGAAACUGGAGAAAGCAGAAAUAGAAACUUCUCUACCAGUAGCUGCUACCCAUGAACCUGAAGAUGCUAAUGUAGUGGAAGAGGAAAUCAUAGAACUUGAUUACCCAGAAAGUCCAUCAGUUUCUGAGAAGCCCCUUUCACCAUGUUUGGCCCCUGAAGUGGAGCAGAACAAAGAGGAGACCAUUCUACCAUUAUUGACACCAACACCUGAACGUGUCGCUUUGUCUGAGGAAGAAGGAGAAGAAAAUGAAUCUGUUUCUACUGAUUCUGCUUUUGUAUCAGAGUAUUCAGUCCUACAGGAUUUGAACCAUGAACUAGAGAAGCAAGAAACUGAGCCAGUUUCUCCAUCCAAUGUAAAAGCUGCAUCUGAACCUGCAGUUUUGUCAGAAGAGGAGAAUGAGGAAUUUGAACCUUAUUCCCCAGCUUCGGCCUCUGCAUCUGAACACUCUCUCUCACUAUCCACCACUGAGAAGACUUCUGAAUGCCAGUCCCCACUGUUUUCAGCGGGUGCAUCGGAACACAUGGUCCUCUCCAGUGAAGAGGCCUCAGAAAGUGGACAUUACACACCAGAUUCCACAUCUCCUUCUGAAUAUUCAAUUCCAUCGCAGGCAGCAAAAGAGUCACUGAGGACAUCAAUUGACCACACGUCCCCAUUAAAAUCGGAAGCUGUUUCUGAUCACGUGAUUCUGUCAGAAGAAGAGAAGAAAGGCACUGGAUUGUAUUCCCCAGAUGUGGCCUCUGAUUCUGAACACUCUUUUCUAUCAUACACAACUGAGAUGACUUCUGAAUGCCAGUCACCACUGCUUUCAGCCACCCCAUCCGAGCAUGCAGUUCUAUCAGAGGGAGAAGACUUAGGAAGUGAGCAUUUGACACCAGAUGCAACGCUGACUUCCCAACAUGCAGUUCCACCAAAUGUAACACACGAAUCGCCAAAGAAAGUAAUCGAUGAUGUGUUCCCAUUAAAAUCAAAAGGUGUUUCUGAGCACAUGAUUUUCUCAGAAGGAGAGAAGGAAGACACUGGAUUGUAUUCCCCAGAUGUGGCCUCUGUAUCUGAACUCACUCUCCUGCCAUUCACAACAGAGACGACUUCUGAAUGCCAGUCACCACCACCUUCAGCUGCUACAUCGGAACACGCUGUCCUACCAGAAGAGGACCUAGGAAGUGAGCAUUUGACACCAGAUGCAACGCUGACUUCCCAACAUGCAGUUCCACCAAAUGUAACACACGAAUUGCCAAAGAAAAUAAUUGAUGAUGUAUUCCCAUUAAAAUCAAAAGGUGCUUCUGAGCACAUGAUUUUCUCAGAAGGAAAGAAGGAAAACACUGGAUUGUAUUCCCCAGAUGUGGCCUCUGUAUCUGAACUCACUCUUCCACCAUUCACAACAGAGACGACUUCCGAAUGCCAGUCACCGCUGCUUUCAGCUGCUACAUUGGAACACGCUGUCCUAUCAGAAGAGGACCUAGGAAGUGAGCAUUUGACACCAGAUUCAACACUGACUUCCCAACAUACAGUUCCACCAAAUGUAACACACGAAUCCCUGAAGAAAAUAGCUGAUGGCGUGUCCCCAUUGAAAUCAAAAGGUGUUUCUGAGCACAUGGUUCUGUCAGAAGAAGAGAGGGGAGACAUUGGAUUGUAUUCCCCAGAUGUGGCCUCUGUAUCUGAACUCACUCUCCUGCCAUUCACAACUGAGAUGACUUCUGAAUGCCAGUCACCACUGCUCUCAGCCACCCCAUCCGAACAUGCGGUUCUAUCAGAGGAAGAGACAGUAGAAUUGGAGCGGUACACACCCUCUUCCACCUCUGCUUCUGAAUUCUCAGUGCCACCAUAUGCAACACCAGAAUCACAGGAGGAGGAAAUGGUCCACAGAGCUCCUUUAAAUCUAAAAGGUGCCUCCUCACCCAUGAAUUUCUCAGAAGAAGAGCAAGAAGACAUUGGACCUUUUUCUCCAGACUCCGCAUUUGCAUCAGAAUUCUCAUUUCCACCUUAUGCAACUCAGGAAACAGAGAAAAGAGAAUUUGAGUGUGAUUCUCCAAUAUGUUUAACAUCACCAUCUGAACACACUAUUUUGUCUGAUGAAGACACUGAAGAAGCUGAACUUUUUUCUCCAGACUCAGCAUCACAAGUUUCAGUCCCACCAUAUAGACCAGAAACAAAGAAAAAUGAAAUUGAGCCUGAUUCACUGUUAACUGCAAUAUCUGCUUCAGGAUAUUCUGGCUUUUCAGAAGCAGAUGAGGAAGAAAUUGCAUCAACAGCUGCUACACCUGUACCUGAGCAUCUCAGUUCAUCAGAGAAGCAACAAUCUGAAACCUCCCCUUCGGUGUCUGUACCUGAAGACUUGAGUCUGCCACCUUCAACAAAUAAAGCAGAGGAAGCAGAAAUUAAGCCAGAUGUUCAGACAACUUCAGCAUCUGUAUCGAAAUAUAUCAUUUCAGCACAGAAGCAGAUAAGGCAAGCAUCAUUAGAAGCUGAGUCUGAAGACUUGAUUCCGUCAUAUUUAACCAAUGAAUUGGAGAAGGGAGAAAUUAAGACUAGUUUAUCAGUGGCUGCAACACCUUCUUCUUUCCCUGCACAACCAUCCAUGGCAAAGGACGAAACCAAACCUGUUUUGCCUGCAACUCAGUAUUCAGUUGCACCUGAUUCAGUUCAUGUGAUUAAGAAAGAACAAGAACCCAAAGCAUCACUCACUGCACAAGCUGCAAAUGAACAGAUGGCUUUGUUAAAAGUUAAGAGUAAGGAAGAAAUUGUGCCCGAUUCUCAAGAAGCUGCAGUGCGUGUAUCGCAGGAUCAAGAAAUGGAGCCUCAGCCUCCAAAUGUUCCAGGGUCUGGGAUGAAAUAUUCAGUUGUGCCUGACUUGGUAGAUGAGCCAAAGAAGGAUGUCAAACCCAAUUUAGCUCCAACUGUGACAUCUGAACUAGAACAGAGAAUGUUGUCAGAGAAUGAGCCUGAAGUAAUAAAACCAUAUUCACCUCUAAAGGAAACAUCUUUAUCUGCACCUGAGAUUUUAUCAGCAGUGAAAACGGAAGUGAAACAUGAUUCUGAAAUAAUUGGGACACCUAAGGGUCUGCACUCAGCUUCUCCAGGAGUGGAAAAGCAUAUUGAACAUGGACCACCUGCCCCAGAAUUUUCAGCUUUGUCAACAGAAAUAAAGAAAGAAGUUGAACCCAGUUCUUCAAUAACCACAACGUCUCUAACUAAGCAUGAUUCAAGCUUAACCAAAUUAGCAAAAGAAGAAAUCCUAACAGGUUUAUCUCUUAGCACCCCUAUAGAACAUCUAAUCUUAACAGAAGUAGGAAAGAAUGAAUUAGAAAGUGGUUUGCCACCAGUGGUAACAUCUAUAGAUGAGCAUUCACUUCUUAAAGAAGAAGAAAAGGCAGCAAUUAAAGCUGGUUCUUCUCCCACUGAAAUGGCUGCACCCAAACGUCCAGCUGGGUUGGAAGCAGAGAAGGAAAGUAAAUUUGAAUCAUCUCCAAGCAUAUCCUCUAGAUCAGAGCAUUUUAUUUUCUCAAAGGCAGAAAGUGAAGAAGUUAAACCCGGGUUGCCAAUAACCAAAACAUUGUCUUCUCAACAUUCAGAUAUAUCUAAGGAAGCAAGGGUGGAACACGAACAAGGUCUUUCAUUUCCUACAGCCCUCGACUCUGAACAUUUGGUUUUAUCACAGAAGAAGAAUUCUGUGUCUGCCUCAGAGGUGUCAGAGCCUGAACAUGGGCUUUUGCUCAACCUAGGUGGUGAGAUAAAGAAAAAAGAAACUGAACUUCUUUCCUCACAAAACAUGUCACCCAUACCCAAACAUAUAGUUCCACGAGGCAAAAAUGAGGAAAUGGCAAGUUCUUCUCCCGAGUCAGAAAAUUUAUUGUCAGACGAUUUAGCUCCGAUGUUACCACCCCUCAGUGAUGACAGGAACAAACAGGCAAUGGAGAUGUCUCCUGCAGCACAGGGGGGUUUCCUGUCAGAAAAACAAGAUCGUGCUCUGGCAGAGCUCUCUUUGGAACCUGAAAAGAAAGACAAACCACACCAAGUAUCAGAAUUACCAACUGCUGAGGCAGAAUUCACUAGUGGUGUAGGGAGGCAAAGUGGAUCCAUAGAUACAAAACAAAUAAAAUCUCCCAUAACUGAAACAGGGGACUCUGUCUUAGAAAAGGGCUUAGCUGAACUUAGGAGCAGAGAAGAAGGAAAAGAAGAAAACAGGGAACUUCAUGCGUCAACUACAGUGCCUGAAAUUUCAGAGGUUUCAUCGUACCUUAGGGAGGAACCUCAGAGUCAAGAAAUUAAGCCUUUCUCCGCUAAGGUAGUCAGCUUAGGGUCAAAAGAAGCAUUUACCUCUCUAGUUGAAGGAGACAACCCAGAAGAACGUCAGCCACAUACUUUUUCUUUAGAAGAAUUAUCAGAGGAGUUGAACCAUUCAGCUGACUUUAAAAAAGGGGAAAAACAAAAAAUAAGCCUGUUACUGCCAACAGGAAAUUUGAAGGCGCAAAUGGCGGGAGAUAUUGUAACUAAACUAAAUGAAGAAACAAACCAACCACAUUCAAUUCAUGUACCCCAGAGUAUAACAGAACCAUCAAAGAUCGCUUCUACUGACCUCCUUGUGGAAGAAGAGAAGCCUGAAAAAGCACUUCAUUCAGAUCAAACUGUGAAAUUACCUGAUGUAAGCAGGUCUUUUGCAGAUAAACAAGAUCUUGGUAUUAAACAAUUUUUGUUUAUGGAACAGAAUUUAACUCUGGAAGAAUCAAAAUCAUUUAUGACAACUGAGCCUGCAGAUGUGGAAGAAACACAAAUGAAAGAGGCCCUCAUUUCUUCAAAGGAUGAAAACUGGAUGCUAGAAAAGCCAGAAAGCGCUUUGGCAAGUCAUGAUGACGAAAGAGCAGUGGGAUCUGUGCAGCUGGGUUCCUCUGGCAGCAGUGAUCUGAUGACAGGACAGCCCAAGGCUGCUCUGUUGGAUAAAGACCAGGCAUGUGAAGUCAAAAAACAGGUUCUGGCAGAUUCUGCUGAGGAAUCUCAUUUAUCAUUACAAGAACCAGUAUCUACUCUUGAUACCUCCAGUGGUAACGUAGAGACCCUAUCAACUAAAACGUAUCCUUCUGAAGAAAUAAAGCUGGCCCCCGAACCAAAAUCUUUGGUUCUGGCUGGAAAUGUAGAGAGAAAAGAGGCAGAGGUGAGGCACAUCCUUUCUUUCGUGGGGAGUGAAAGGUUGGUAUCAGAGAAGGCAAACACAGAAUUUUCUAGGCCUUGCAAAGAAGAGAGCCAGGAAGAAAUCAAACUACCUUCUGAAAUAAUCCUCCAGGAACCAGGGUCUGGAUCAUCAGUGGAACAUGUCAAAUCAGAAACUAUUCUCUCUCCUGCCAAAGAAGCCCAUUUCCUGGCAGAAGAUGCAGAACACGCAGCUGCACUGGGCAAGGAAAAAGCAGCACACAGGAGCAUAUCUCCUUUACCUGGAGAGAAGCCACUAGAAGAAUCAAAAAUGGGUCAGUCAAAGGUUGUAGAUGAUGAUAGUAAGAGAGGGAAACCAGCAUCUGAAGUGAAAACACCCACACAAAUAAAACCCCUCUCCUCAAUCCAAGAAAAUGAAGAACAUCAACCCCCAGAGUCACCUGAGGUGUCACCAAAGCCACCUAAGCAGCCCAAGGACACUGAGCCAGCCCUUGCUGAGGAAAAGGGAAAGAAAAGAAUUUCGUCUUUCACGUCAUGGAUGUCCCGCUGGUUUUUUGGAUCAAGCACUUCAGAUAACCAAGUUACUGAAAAAGAAGAUUUAGAAACUCAGCCAAGUCCAUCUGUAGAGGAAUCAGGGGCAGUGACAGAGCCUAAAGGUGUAGCUUCAGCUGACUUGAAUGCAACGGAGAAACCAGCUGAUCGUCUCUUACCAGAGGCAAAACUGGAAACUGCUGAAAAAUCCAGAGAUGCUUUAGUUAAAUCUGGUGAAGGUCAAGACUUUAAAGAGAAACCCACAUUUUUAUCAAAUGUAGAAGUUUUACAACAGCCAAAAUCCACCUUUGAGGUGUCUAAUGAAGAUUAUGGGAAGAAAGAAAUCCUAGACUAUUCAGAGGAGGGGGACCUGAACUCAGGAGUUACUUCCGCUGGUAGUAAGGAGCAUCUUGGAAUUCAGUCUUAUUCUCCCAUGGGUGAGAAAUCCAUUAUGGAAGAAGCCAAAAGUGCUGUUCCUCUUCAUGUCACUGAUAGUAAAAGAGCCCAGAAGCCAGAAAUCUCUCCUCCAUCUAAAUGGAAUAUUUCUAUAUUUAAGGAAGAGCCAAGAAGUGAUCGAAAAGAAAAAUUGCUUUCUUCAUUUGAUGCAGCGGAUAAGGUGCCACAACAGCCAAAACCAGCUUCAUCUAGUUUUGCAAGUGAAAAUAUCACAAAGGAAUCAGAGAAGCCAGAGUCAAUAAUUUUGCCGGUAGAAGAAUCUAAAGGUAGUUUAAUUGAUCUUGAUGAAAACAGACUAAAGAAAGAAAUGCAAAAACCUACUACCUUGAAAAUUUCUGAAGAGGAAAUAAAAUUCAGGUCUGUUAGCCCAACUGAAGAGAAAGAAAACUUGGAAACCAGAUCAUAUUCCUUGGCAGAAAAGAAGGUGCUGGCAGAAAAGCAAGAAACUGUGGGGACCCCAUUAGAGCUUAGAGAUAAUAAUGAAAUAGGGAAGCCACAAAUUACACAAGAAUCUAGCCCUAUUAAAUUGGAAGAAUGGAAAGCUGCUGCUGUGCUGCAGGAAGUCCAUCAAAAUGAAGACCACAAAAAAAGACACCAAAUUAUUGAGGAGGAGAAAGGAGAAGAAGACGAGAAGCAGUCACAUGUAUUUUCUGAAGGAAAGAAGCAGCAGGAAAUUCAGCCGUAUUCUGUGAGUGUAGUUAGGUCUCUGCCUGAAGAAUCAGAUAUCUCUUUAAGUCAUUCUUUGGGUGAAACUCAACCAUUUUCAUUAAUUAAAACUACGUCAAUUACUGAAAAAUCGGAAACCAGGAUCUCAGAGGCUCACCCAGAAAUCAGGGAAACAAAGGCAGCAGAAAGCCCACCACAUCCAUUAGAAGAAAGUGAAGUUUUGGUGGAGAAAAGCAAGACUUUCCUUCCAGUGGAUCUUCCAUAUCGUGGUGAAAGAGACGGCCAUUCUUUACCUAAGGAAGGAAAUCUGGUAUUGGAAAAGUCGAGCAGGGAUAGGGUGAGUCACAGUGAAGAAAAGGGACAAGUCACAGUGUCAGAGCUGUCAAAAGCCGGUUCAAUAGACAUCACAAAAGAAAGUAUGAAACAAGGAUCUCCAUCUAAAGAAUCUGAAAGGAUUUUAGAUCGUCCUUUUGAUGAAACAAAGAGCUUAGAAACACCACCAUAUUUGUCAUCAUCUGGGAGACCACAAACACUUGUUUCAGGAGCUUCUCCAGAAAUCAGUACAGUGAAGAAACAGGAAAUGCCAUGGUCAGAAUUGACUCCAGAUAGGCCUACAGUCCAUACUAUUCAAACAUCUAAAGAUCAAACAUCUGAAAUUUCUAAACAAUCUGUUCUUAUUUCAAAGCACUGCUUGGAAGCUGUGGAAGAUGCUCAUGUAAAGGAACCACGCUCUUCAGCAAGCAGCAACUAUGCUCAAUUUAUAACUAGUGCAUCAGCAAUCAGUGCCGAUAAAGUGGUUUCUGCUAGGGAAAUAUCCAAGAAGCCCGAAGACACGUAUGUAAAAGAUGAAGAAUUUACAGUGACCAGUAAGCCAGCUGGACUUUCAGAAGAUCAAAAGAGCGCCUUCAGUAUCAUUUCUGAAGGCUGUGAAAUAUUGAAUAUUCAUGCUCCUGCAUUUAUUUCUUCAGUUGAUCAGGAGGAAAGUGAACAAAUGCAAGAUAAGUUAGAAUAUUUGGAAGAGAAGGCCUCAUUUAAAACUAUAUCCCUUCCUGAUGAUAGUGAGGUGGUUGCUUCCCCUAAAACAUUACAGAGUAAAUUAGAAGAUUCUGAUGAAAAAGUUACAUCAUUGAAAGAAAGUAAACAAAAGGAAACUCAUAACACAAAAGAGGAGAUAUCCACAGAUUCAGAAACUGAUGAUUUAGGCUUUAAUCAGCCCACAACUCCCAGUGAAGAGGAUUAUUUUGAAAAAUAUACUUUGAUUGAUUAUAACAUCUCCCCAGACCCAGAAAAACAGAAAGCUCCGUGGAAAUUAACUGUUGAAGCAGAACUCUCAAAGGAAGUUACAGAAGAAACUGUCUCUUUCCCAGAAAGUUCAGAGGAAAGUGCCCUAGAACAUGAAUACGACUUGGUGAAAUUAGACGAAAGUUUUUAUGGAAUGGAAAAGGACUACAGCAAAUUGUCUCACCCAGAGACCCAAAAGUCUUUGGAUAUCCAAAAAUCAGCUGACAGAGAUGCUCCAAAGAGCAUCAAUAGAGAUGCAGACUUGAAGUCACCCGGGAUGCCUUUAUUUGAUGCAGAGGAAGAAGUUUUGUCACGAACCCAGCUAUUUCCUACCACUGCUAAAGCCAUUAAUCCUGAACUUCUGGAGGAGCCACCUGCACUUGCAUUUUUAUACAAGGAUCUGUAUGAAGAAGCAGUUGGAGAGAAAAAGAAGGAAGGAGAGACAGCUUCUGAAGGUGACAGCGUGAAUUCUGAGGCAUCGUUUCCAAGCAGAAGUUCUGACACUGAUGAUGGAACAGGAAUAUAUUUUGAGAAGUAUAUACUCAAAGAUGACAUUCUCCAUGACACAUCUGUAACUCAAAAGGACCAAGGCCAAGGUCUGGAAGAAAAACCAGUUGGUGAGGAUGAUUCAUACCAACCAAUAGCUGCAGAAGGGGAAAUUUGGGGGAGGUUUGGAACUAUUUUGGAGGAGACGAGUCUGGAAAAGGAACAGAAAGCAGCUUACAGGGAAGGAGAAUCAGAAGGCCCUGUGGAGACCCUUGACAAGGUAGCUGUGCAGAAGAAAGCUCCCGUCACUGAGGAAGUCAGAGUGGUUACCCAGAAGAUAAGCUAUGCAGUUCCAUUUGAAGACACCCAUCAUGUCCUGGAGAGAGUAGAGGAAAUGAGCGGUCAGAGUAAUGAAGCAGCAGAUGCAAGUCCAGAGGUCAAUCUGAAUGUCCCAGUACAAGUGUCCUUCCCAGAGGAAGAAUUUAUAUCUGGUGCAACUUAUGUUCAAGAAACACUGCAAGAAGAACCUAAAAUAAUGGUUCCACCUGAGCCAAGUGAAGAUAGGCUUCGCAAUAGCCCUGUUCAGGAUGAGUAUGACUUUGCUGCAUCCCUGAAUUAUGAAGUGGUUACUCAAGACACUUUAUCAGAAGAACUGUAUUCAGAAUCCACACCUGAAGAUGUGUUCUCUCAAGGAAAGGAAUCCUUUGAACACAUCAGUGAAAAUGAAUUUGUGGGUGAGGUGGAACAAAGUAUGUCUGCUGAAGAGGAAGAGCUGGGCAGAGAGAAGACAGAACAAGACCAAUUAUCAUCAGAGUUAGAAACUGAGAAGGAACAAAAGGAAUUGAAAAAGCCCCAGAUUGACACAUAUUGCUAUACUUGCAAAAGUCCAAUUUCUGCUGUUGACAAGAUACUUGGCAUCCAUGACGACCAUGAGGUUUCAUCCCUUGAUACAGCUAUAAGUGCUGUAAAGGUUCAAUUGGCAGAAUUUCUAGAAAACUUACAGGAAAAGUCCUUGAGGAUUGAAGCCUUCGUUAGUGAGAUAGAAUCCUUUUUUAACACCAUUGAAGAAAAUUGUAGUAAAAAGGAGAAAAGGCUAGAAGAGCAGAAUGAGGAAAUGAUGAAGAAGGUUUUAGCACAGUAUGAUGAGAAAGCCCAGAGCUUUGAGGAAGUGAAGAAAAAGAAGAUGGAGUUCCUGCAUGACCAGAUGGUCCACUUUCUGCAGAGCAUGGACACUGCCAAGGACACCCUGGAGACCAUCGUGAGAGAAGCAGAGGAGCUUGACGAGACCGUUUUCCUGGCUUCGUUUGAGGAAAUCAAUGAAAGGUUGCUUUCUGCAAUGGAGAGCACCGCUUCUUUAGAGAAAAUGCCUGCUGCGUUCUCACUUUUUGAACAUUAUGAUGACAGCUCGGCAAGAAGUGACCAGAUGUUAAAACAAGUGGCCGUUCCACAGCCUCCAAGACUAGAACCUCAGGAACCAAAUUCUGCCACUAGCACGACGAUUGCAGUUUAUUGGAGCAUGAAUAAGGAAGACGUUGUUGACUCCUUCCAGGUUUACUGCAUGGAGGAGCCACAGGAUGACCAAGAAGUAAACGAGUUGGUCGAAGAAUACAGAGUGACAGUGAAAGAAAGCUACUGUGUUUUUGAAGAUCUGGAACCCGACCGGUGCUACCAAGUGUGGGUAAUGGCUGUGAACUUUACCGGAUGUAGCCUGCCCAGUGAAAGGGCAAUUUUUAGAACAGCACCCUCCACCCCUGUGAUCUGUGCUGAGGACUGUACCGUGUGUUGGAACACGGCCACCAUCCGAUGGCGGCCUGCCAACCCGGAGGCCACAGAGACCUACACUCUGGAGUACUGCAGACAGCAUUCCCCAGAGGGCGAGGGCCUCAGAUCUUUCUCUGGAAUCAAAGGACUUCAGCUGAAAGUUAACCUUCAGCCCAGUGAUAAUUACUUUUUCUACGUGAGAGCCAUCAAUGCAUUUGGGACAAGUGAACAGAGUGAAGCUGCCCUCAUUUCCACCAGAGGAACCAGAUUCCUCUUGUUGAGAGAAACGGCCCAUCCUGCUCUGCAGAUUUCCUCAGACGGGACAGUGAUCAGCUUCGCUGAGCGGAGACGGCUGACAGAAAUCCCAUCAGUGCUGGGCGAGGAGCUGCCUGCCUGUGGCCAGCAUUACUGGGAAACCACAGUCACAGACUGUCCAGCUUAUCGACUUGGCAUCUGCUCCAGCUCGGCUGUGCAAGCUGGUGCCCUGGGACAAGGGGAGACCACGUGGUACAUGCACUGCUCUGAACCACAGAGAUACACAUUUUUCUACAGUGGCAUCGUGAGCGACGUUCAUGUGACUGAGCGUCCUGCCAGAGUGGGCAUUCUGCUGGACUACACCAACCAGAGGCUUCUAUUCAUCAAUGCGGAAAGUGAACAGUUGCUCUUCAUCAUCAGGCACAGGUUUAACGAGGGCGUCCACCCUGCCUUCGCCCUGGAGAAACCUGGAAAAUGUACCCUGCACCUGGGGAUCGAGCCCCCGGAUUCUGCAAGGCACAAGUGAUCACUGGCUUUCACAGUUUGAAGAGCAAUAAUUCACAUCUGGGGGGGUCUCUUGUUCUUUCCCUCGGGUGCUAUAUAGCAUUCAAAACGUCUCCCACACAUUCACGCUAAUGAUAGUUACGUGCACUGUGAUUAGCACGUGAGCAAAAGCACCAAGAAAAUCUUGACUUUGUAGAGCAGCAUGUGAGUAGAGAGGAUGGAAAACAACCUCCACCCUUGGGUUUAUAUACAUUUCAGUUCUUCCCUAAAUUAAAAGGAUUUAUACCUGACUUGGGAACCGAAAUAGAGAAAUGGACUUCCACCUGUUUUAUUGGUAAAAGAAAUCCUUGGAUGGACAGGUCUGAGUGAGGGGAAGGUUGUACCGUUAAUAUCUCCUCUGACAAGAAACACAGACUUUUUCCACAAGAAGAAUGUCACCUCACUCCACUAAAGGAUGAUAAAUCCUAAUCAUUAGAGACAGUGUCGAUAAUGAACUAACCAUUCUAAGUUGAUAAUGAACUCUUUUGUAAAAAUCUAUACUGUAGAACACGAGUCUCUUUCCCCUGAAAUUUUAAAUGUAGAAAAGUGCUAGAUAUUAGGAAUAUCCAUUUUGUUAAAUAAAUGGUUAGAGUCUAUAAAACAAA